GUGGCACCGCGCGGGGCUCGAGUCCGGCUAAUGGCGGCGGCCUGGUCCUCCGAGGAGAAACCGCCGCCUCGCCGCGGCGGGAGGGAGGACGGGAGAGAGCAGAAGGGAGAGCGGGCCUUGCCCGGCGCAGCGAAGCCGCCCCCGCGGGCAGUCUACGCUCCCUGGCCUGUCUUUGUCUCCGGCCUCGAAGGGGGAGCGAGCCUGGGCCUCGCGGCCCAGUCGAGGCCGGCCCCGCCCCGCCCCCGGGGUCGGGUUUCCAGUUGCUGGGGGCUUUCCUCGGCGCCUGGGACUUGAGCAGACUUGAGGUGGGAGUUGGAGAGGGAGGCUGGUCUGGAGAGCCCCGGCGGCCCCGAGCGAAGGAGAAAAAUGAGCCGCCAGACUGCUACAGCCCUCCCUACUGGUACUUCCAAGUGUACACCAUCCCAGAGGGUGCCUGCAUUGACUGGCACAACAGCAUCGAACAAUGACUUGGCUAGUCUAUUUGAGUGUCCUGUCUGCUUUGACUAUGUGUUACCCCCAAUUCUUCAGUGUCAGAGCGGCCAUCUUGUUUGUAGCAACUGUCGUCCAAAGCUCACAUGUUGUCCAACUUGCCGAGGCCCGUUGGGUUCCAUUCGCAACUUGGCUAUGGAGAAAGUGGCCAAUUCAGUACUAUUUCCUUGUAAAUAUGCCUCUUCUGGAUGUGAGAUAACUUUGCCACACACAGAAAAAGCAGACCAUGAAGAGCUGUGUGAGUUUAGGCCUUAUUCAUGUCCGUGUCCUGGUGCUUCCUGUAAAUGGCAAGGCUCUUUGGAUGCUGUAAUGCCACAUUUGAUGCAUCAGCAUAAGUCAAUUACUACACUACAGGGAGAAGAUAUAGUUUUUCUUGCUACAGACAUUAAUCUUCCUGGUGCUGUUGACUGGGUUAUGAUGCAGUCUUGUUUUGGCUUUCACUUCAUGUUAGUCUUAGAGAAACAGGAAAAAUAUGAUGGUCACCAGCAAUUCUUCGCAAUUGUACAGCUGAUAGGAACACGUAAACAAGCAGAAAAUUUUGCUUAUCGACUUGAGCUAAAUGGUCAUAGACGGCGAUUGACUUGGGAAGCUACUCCUCGAUCUAUUCAUGAGGGAAUUGCAACAGCUAUUAUGAAUAGUGACUGUCUAGUUUUUGACACCAGCAUUGCACAGCUUUUUGCAGAAAAUGGCAAUUUAGGCAUCAAUGUAACUAUUUCCAUGUGUUGAAAUGGCAAUCAAAUGUUUUCAGGCCAGUGUUUAAAACCUUUGCAUCAUUUAAUUUCACAGAAGAUAGGGUAACCAUCUUUGACUGCCAAAUAUAAACUCUUUUGGUAGAUGGAAACUAGACAUAAUGAAGGUAAAUAAAAGAAAAGGCUGUUAAAUGCAGGAAGCAGUUGCAUGUAAUAACACUAAUAUAUUUAAAAAUAAGUCAACAGUAAACCACUGAAAAUAUAUAUACACCCAAAAUGGGCAUCUUUUGUAUUAAGAAAGUUGAUCCUACAAGAAAUGUUGUAAAAUAAUUAUAAACUUGUAUUUGUAGAUUGAUUGUACUGUUGAAGAGAAUACUGUUUUUUUGUGUUUUUUUAUUUGACUGACAAGCCAUGUUGAGCAGUUUCUGACUGCUGCUUUUUCCCCCCUUUGUAAGUCACUACAUAGUAUUGCUGCUGUUUGUGUAUAUUUUUUGUGUAUUUGCUAAUUUUUAUUAACUUCUAGUUUUUCAUUAAAUUUGACUUUCUUUUCUGUAAUUCAGGUUUUCUCACUUUUUUGUACCUUUUAAAAGUUAAUUACAGGUGUCUUAUCUUUUUUGAUAUGCAUAAUUGUUUAUGGUAAAGUAUAUACAUAUGUAUGUUUGAAUUUUUUUUUUCCCCCACAGUAAUCAGUUUGUUAGAAAUAUUGUUUUUAAUUCAACUAUUGUGAAGAUCUGAACAGUAGAGAGAGCAAUUAAUUAUAUUGGAAGAAUUGGUCAAAAGAAUCUCCUAAAGCAGAUGUAGAUUAAAAAAAAUUUUAUUCAUAUCCUCAGAUCAGUUUUGUUAGAGGGUUAGGGAAAAAUUCUGAUUAAAACAAUGAUAAUGAUCAGGCUUUUCUCUCUACCCUUUUACCCCCACUCCCAAAGAAUUUAGAAAAAAAAUCAGACAUUUUGUUCAAAAAUUGUUCUUGUAUUAUUAGUUUUGGAGAAAAAAAGGCAUUGUCAUACAGUAUUUGUAACUAAAAGCAAAUCAUUUGUUUAAAAAGGCAGUCUGGGGGGAAAAAGAUGUUUUUGGUCUUUUAUAAUUGUCAUUAAAAAUACCUGGCAAACUAAAAA